AUGGUCACGGGUUCGAAUCCAGGAUCAAUACCCGGCCGGGCUAACCAUGCCUUCGAACCCUCAGGAGUAGAGGAACAAUCGGAUGAGAAAGUUCCAAUUAUUCAAACUGAGGAGCAAUGGCUUGAAUUCGUUUCGGAGAAUCCUUCUAUGGACUACGAGGACCACAGCGAGUCAUCUCCUCCAGUACUCCUCACAAGAAAAGAUGACCACUUGACGGAAUUCCUUAUUCCAGCCUCGUUUUUCGGUUCUAAAUGCACUGCCACACAGGAAGUUGUUCUUGGCUUUUCCCAAUCCACUGCUUGUACUCCUGAGUUCACGUCUUUCUCGGAGUCCGAAUGCCUAUCAAACAGCUUUCUUUCUGCUCAAUCACUUUUCGGGUCACCAUUGGUAUCGCUCAUUGGCAACGAGAUUACUGAAACGAUGUUUCGUACAAAUACUACUUUAAUGGCAGCGCAAUGGAUAGACGGUCAGUGCCGAAACGUCAUCGAAGAGGUAACAAUGGAAAUCACUAUCAAUGGAACCUUGAUAGUUGAUGCUGAACUGCCUUCGAUCACGUAUUCGACGCUGACGGCACAAAACCACACCACCUUUAGGCAGAAGUUCACCGUCGUCUUCAAAGACCACCUCGAGUCACCCCACGAGAACAAGGAGCGUGGAUAUCAACGUGGAGAUGAAAUCUAUGCUAUGAAGGAUGAUCUCGACGCUCCGUUCUUGUUCUCACUGCCGCUUGCUGGGCUCUGUGAAACACACAGCAGAGUACCUAUCAAAUUCUUGGUUAACUCUUCAUCCACUUGCACCAUACGAGUUUCGCAAUGCCAAGAGAUGCAAAAAGUAGUCCAACAACUCGAAGACGAGUUUGUGCCCAAAUGGGUUCGUAGUGUGCCGGAUGGAAUCAUAUCCAACGAGACCAAUGCACAGGUGAUUCGGAAAAAUCGAACCGAGGUACAGGUGUCCCUCACCGACUCGGCAAUCAUACGGUUCAGCGUUCAAUUCAAAGACUCAACCCCACGUAAGACACACUUUUUGAAGUCUUUUCAACUGUUCGUACCCUAG